AUAGAGGGCGGUAUUUUGCGUAAUCUUGCAUUUAAACUACUAGUGAACGCACUGCUGCGUCGUUAUUAGUUUUACUGAGAGGUUGUAUCCGAGUGUUUCAGUCAAUCAAAUACGUGUCUAUCAUGGAGUUGAAUGGGGUUAAGGAAGCAGCACUGUUGUCAUGGAUCAACAGUGUGUGUCCUGAGGAGCCUAUUAACAAAAUCACCCAGAUGAUGGACGGUCAUCGACUCCUUAAGCUUGCCUACAGAGUACAAGGGAAAGAGUCCCAUGAUGGUUUAUUUUUGUCACCAUCUCCUAAUAUGAUGGAAAUGUUCUUCAGCAUACUGCAGGAUGACUUUCAGUUCAGCCCAAGACAGGCAUCCCUCAUGUUAUGGAAAAUUAGUCAGGGAAUCGAGCUGGAGCUUCAGAUUGCCAAGGUGGUGCUUGUUCUGUGUUACUGCGGUUUUACAAAGUACAACAUGAUACCUUUGGAUGUAAAGACGGGGUUGAUGAUCGCAUCCAUGUUUCGUUUUGUAGAAGAUGAUGCUGAUGGUCUGUCUUUAGAUGAUGACCUAAAUAAAUUCCUCACCAAAGCCUCUGACGUGACCUUCUCCACCUCCAGCAGUGGAAGCAGCUGCUGGUCGCCUUUGUACACCGAUGAUAAGUCUCCGUUUAUCAAGAGCUUCGAAAAACCCACCAGAGUUCAGUUUCAAGAGCUUGUCACGGUGUCCUGUAGCUUGGUCAGCUCUCCAGUGCAGGAUGUAAUGAGCACACCACAAUUGUUGAAAAGACUCCGAAAAGAAUUGGCACAUGGGCGAGACAUGAAAGAUGCGCUGGAGAAAGAACUGGCCAAUCAGAUCAACAUAAUCUCAGAAAAAGAGGGUCUGAUUAUCCAGCUGCAGCAUAGGGUGGACCGAAUGCUGAGAGAACAACAAGAACUGGAGAAAGACCAUAAAGCUGCUCUGCUGGAGCUGCAGGAGAAGAACGAGAGUCUUCUCCACAGAGUGCAUGAGGUUUUGAAGCAGUGCCAAGAUUUAAAAACCGAAAAUCGCCAGAAAGAGAAAAAAAUGCAUGAACUAAUCGAGGAGAACCAAACUUUCUCUGCUCAGCUGGCGAGAGCCGAGGAGGAAGUUACCAAACUCACGCUGGCUCAUGAAACGUCACAGGCUGAGUGGAGGAGCAGAAAGGAGUUUCUUGAGCACGAGUUGAACAAGGCCGUUUCACACAAAGCUUUGAACAAAAUCGAGAGCCUUCAAACUCAAGAAAAAGUUCAGGAGCUUGAGAAGAUCGUCAGGAAACUUCAAGCUGAGAUUUCAGCUCUUUCCUCAGAGAGGGACACUCAAAUAAGUGCUCUUAAAACUGAGAUGAAGAAUCAACAGCUGAAGUCUGAUAGGCUUAGAGCUCAGCUGGAGCUGAAACUUGAAAAACAAAAGACCGGCAUUCUCACUCUUAAAAAUCUUGCUCAACAAUGGGAGCAGCAGAAUAAGGAGCUCCUGGAGAAUCUGAAGAUAUUAUUCAAACAAUUACAGCAUUACAGCAGUAAAUACCAGGAGUCACAGGAGAUUAGGACAUCUCUUGAGAAAACCCUGCAGAUGGAACAAGACCAGGCGAAGGCCAAAUUGUGUUUGUUUCAGGUGGACUUUGCUGAGAAACGUCUGCAAGAGUGGAGGAAGACGAUCGAUGACAGUGAGGACGUGAGAUGCAGAGAAAGUCUAAGUGUUCACAAGCGGCCGGGAUUCUAUCUGCAUGGAACACCUGACACACCUGAGAAGUUGGCGAGCUGCAUCUCUCGGACGGCGACAGUUAAGAGCCGGCAUGCCAACAGACUUUCAAACUCUCAGCCUAAGCAAAAGCAAUCUGUGAUGUUUGUGAUUGCUAAUACGCCGAAGCGCAGUGGUGGAGGUAGUUUGCUGCGGCGAGGCCUUAAGCUCCGUGAGGACGCCUGUAAAACUCCCACAGUGGCCAGUCGUGGCCUGCGGCCUGCGGUCAGCGCCGCUAACGGCAGAUCUCCUCAGGUCUCGGCACUGAGAAAAUGCCGCCGCAACAAGUCUUCCAAAACCUUUAAUGCCAAACAGGGAGAGCAAUAGAAGUAACUGUGCAGACCGUCUGUCCUGAAGCAUUUGACUGUGAAGUCCAGGAUCAUUUCUGGACAAACCCUGGAUUUAUUUUUAUCUAUCAUUUUCUUGUUUGUUUGUCUUCUCUACACUUUAUAGAUUGGCAUAUUGUUUUGUAAUAAUAUAUUUGAAAUAAAAGAAUUUUAUUAAAUGUA